AUGUCCUUUAAGGAAUUUAAAUAUUUAUUAGAAUUGGUAGGACCGUCUUUGACCAAAAAACCAAAGAGAAAAGCUUUGUCUCCGGCUCACCGUCUGAUAAUUACUUUGCAUUAUCUAGCUGAAGGCUGCUCAAUGCAGGAGAUGGCAUGGAAUUAUCGUGUAGGAAAAGCUACUGUACAUGUUGUAGUUAAGGAGACAACAGCUGCUCUCUGGCAUAUUUUACAGCCAAAAGUGAUGCCAACGCCCGAAAGAGAGGAUUUUUACAGAAUUGAAACAGCUUUUUCGCAAAGAUGGCAACAUCCGAAUUGCAUUGGUGCAAUAGACGGAAAACAUAUUCAUAUUCAAGCACCAAACAAGUCCGGAAGUGAAUUUUAUAAUUAUAAAAAUAGUUUUAGCAUCAUUCUAAUGGCAGCAGUAGAUGCUGAAUACAAUUUUAUCACAAUAGACAUUGGUGCAUCAGGUAGAAAUCAUGACAGCACAGUGCUAAGAGAGAGCUGUUUUGGUAAAGCACUUCUUAAUGGAACACUCCCCAUUCCGCCCCCGAAGAAACUUCCAGGUAGUAACACCAUACUCCCACAUUUUGUGAUAGGGGAUGCUGCAUUUCCAUUGGCGGAAAAUAUAAUGCGCCCAUAUCCAGGCCGAUAUUUAGGCAUUGAAAAAAAUAUCUUUAAUUAUAGGCUCUCUAGAGCAAGAAGAACAGUUGAGAAUGCCUUUGGAAUUUUAUGUCAGAGAUGGCGCAUAUUAAGAGGAACUAUAGUUGCUUCAACUGAAAUGGUUGAGCAAAUUGUUCAAGCUACUGUUGUUCUUCACAAUUAUCUACGCAAAUAUAGGAAUGGGGGAUAUUACUGUUCACCUGGUUAUGGCGACCAAAUUGGUGCAAAUGUUGAAAUAAUCGAAGGACAAUGGCGUUCAGAAUCAUUUCCGCUAGAAGGUGUACAACGAUUAGGGAGCAACAAUUCUUCAAGAAAAUGCAUGGAAAAUCGAAACUUAUUGUGUCAGUAUUUCAAUAAUGAAGGUGCAGUUCCUUGGCAAUUGAAGGGUAAGGGUUUCAAGCAUCUCACUUUGAGAUCUUUAAAUCAAGAUCCUUUAGAGAAUCUCUUUAGUGUUGCUAGAGGAUUAUGUGGUGGUAACACAAAGCCUACACCUUCGCAGUUCGUCGAUGCUUACAAAACAGUAACUGAAAAUAGUUGGCAUGUUGAAGGGUUUGUAGAGGUGGGAACAGAAAAGGGUCAAAAACUUUCAGAUCAUGUUUUGGUGUUUAUGAUUCGUGGUCUGGCGAGAAAAUGGAAGCAACCUGUUGCUUUCUAUUUUACCCAUAAGGCUGCGAAUCAGUAUAUACUCAAAUCACUGAUCAAAGAAGUUAUACGAGCCGUUCAUAAACAUACGGAUUUUCGCAUCGUAGCAUCUGUAUGCGAUGGUGGCUCCUGGAUGUAG